AUGUCUGAAGGUUGUCUUAUUCCAGACAUCUACUGUGACUCAUCUGCCCAUGAGUUCCUCGCCCUUCAUUCCCUUUAUAAAAAAGGCCUCUCUUUGCUAGGGUACCAUCUGUGCAACUAUAGCCUGACCAAAAAUGUGUUUAAAAUGGUUGCCUACCAAAAGUCGUAUGAGAAAAGCACUUCCUGUGGAGGAUGGAUACCAUGGAUGGUGUGUCCCCGGACGUACUAUAAAACCUGGUAUCAUACUGUUGAAGUCCCUGAAACCAUCACUCUUACAGAUUGCUGUGAAGGAUAUGAGCAAGUUGGGCUCUACUGCUCUUUAGGAAGAACAUUCUGGUACAACGUGACAGUGCUUGUGAAAAUGGAUUUUACUGAAUUAAUCAGAGUGGAUUCCCACCUUCUGAAUCAUUCGCGCCUUUUGCACUCCAUGAUUACUGGUGCAUUACAGCCCUUGAAUGCCUCUGUGCACCAUAUCCAGAGUAACCGUGCAGAAGUAUACGCUGGGACAGUGGCCUCCCAGGUUCUCAUUGGACUGCAUCAGCCAGCUCCACUAGCGGAGGUUUCUUCUUCCUUGAAGGACAUUGUGAAGCGUGUGUAUGAAGUGAUUGACACAGAAGUGCAAGAUGUCAAUGAAUGUUCCUAUGCUGAAUUCAACGCUUGUCCCGAGAAAAACACCUGUGUAAAUCUGGAGGGUUAUUACAGCUGUGACCCUCAACACGAACAUGCAGAUGUCAACCCUCACCAACUGAGCCCAAGAAAGGAAGAUCCCUCUGCAGUUAGAAACCACCGAAUCUUCAGCGUUACUAGCAACAGUUUUGAAAUGUCCUGGCAUGUCGCUUCUUCUCUGAACCAUACUUUCCAAGUCCAAGUGUUCAAGGGCAAAGAGGUUAUACAAAACUUGAAGACAGGGGAAAUGAAAAUGGAUGUGUCUGGACUGGAAGCAGGUGUGAUGUAUUCAGUAGAGAUCAGCUAUGAAACCUGUGGAAAAACCAGCAUCUCCCAUCAAAAUGUUAAAACAGAGGCCAAGAUAUUUGGUAUUACUAUGAGGAUUCUCAACUACAACUUCACUGAUGAUUUCCAUAAUGCCAGCAGCUCAGCAUAUGAAGAAUUCUCAAGACUGUUGCUUACAGAGCUUGAAAAUUCAUUUCCAGCCAACAUUUCUGCUUUAUACAAAUCUGGGAAGCUGAAAGUGCAGACAGAAUCCCUGCAAGCUGGAAGCAUCAUUGUGAGGCUCAGAAUCACUGUGCAGGACCCUGAGUUCCCAGUUGAUGCCUCCACAUUUGCCCUGGUGCUUUCUUACCUAUACAAUGGCUCUGCACUCUUGGUGGAUCAGCAAAACACUGCAGUAGAAGACUGGGAUGAAUGUGCUUCUCAUGCCGAGAAUGACUGCUCUGUGUUUGCAGAGUGUAUCAAUUUGAUGGGCUCGUACCUGUGCAGAUGCAAGACAACCAUGGAUACUAAUCCAUCCCGACCUGGAAGAAACUGUGAGGGUGAGAUUGUGGACCCUCUCACUGAAACAACAGCUCCUGAAUUAACAAACAGCACAGAGUUUGCUCCUGAAGAAGGAAGCCCUGCAGCCCCUGCUUCCCCUGCCACCACUGAGAUGGUGGCUGCUGUAGGCUCCGAGAUGAGCACCACCGUACACCUCCCUGCUGCACUGCCCCUGGCUGUCCAGAAACUUAGUGGCACAGUACGGAUAACCAACGUGAAAUAUUCUCCGGGCUUUAACAAUACAAGCAGUGAGGAAUACCAAUCCUUUGCACAGCUCUUUGUUGAUGAAGUACAUAAAUCUCUGCCCCCUGAGGUUCUUCAGCAGAUGGAUGCUGGUCUGAUUAAAGUGUUGAUAAAGGGUAUUACUAAUGGGAGCACAGUGGUAAGUUUCGAUUUACUGAUUGCAGAAGAUCUGGAUAUCUACUACAUCAUCACCACUUUUCGUGAUGCCUUUGAACACAGCUCCUAUUUCACAGUUGACAAGAGCAAUCUCUCCAUAAAUGAUUAUGAUGAGUGCAAAAGCGAAGAAGAUGACUGCUCCCCGGAUGCAUCGUGCCAUAACACACUUGGGUUUUACCAGUGCAGCUGCAAUGAAGGAUUUGCUGAUGUGCAUCCAGAAAGGCCUGGAAGAAGCUGUGAAGCAUCUCCCGUCCCCCUCGUUAAACCUGCCCAGGACAUUUCCAUUAAAGAUGCAGUGAGCGUGUUCUGUGAAAUCGAGAAGAUCGUCCUUGCUGUCCAGAAGAGAUUUUUACAGCAGGAGUCUAUCCCAGAAACUUCUCUGUACCUGGGGGAGCCUCACUGCAAUGUGAGCAUCAGCAACGGCACUCAUGUUGUGCUGCAGGCAGGCUGGAGCGACUGUGGCACUGAAGUUGAGACUAACAUGACUAAUACUGUAGUGAAAAGCAUCCUUCGGAAUGACGUUUCUGCUCAGGGAGUAAUCCACCAUUUAAAAGUUGCCAGUCCCAUUCACUGUGUGUUUCAAAACGAUCUCUUGACUUCCUCUGGAUACACUGCAGAAGGACUUUACACCAUCUUUGAAGAUUUGCAUGGAUCUGGACACUUCAGAACAGAAAUGCAGUUGUUUAUUGGAAACUCCCCAAUACCAAAAAAUUUCAGUGUCUCUGUCAGUGAUGAUGUACUGAUUGAAGUGGGGAUCCAGAAAGCAGACAGCAAGCUCAAGGUGGUCCUCACUGACUGCUGGGCGACUCCAACUAAUAAUUCAGUGGAUCCCCUCUCAUUUGCUUUUAUCAGCAACAGCUGUCCCAUCCCAAAUACGUACACCAUACUGCUAGAGAAUGGGAAUUCAAGCAAAGCGCAGUUUAAGAUGAAAAUUUUUUCCUUUGUCAACAAUUCUGUGGUUUACCUGCACUGCAAAAUACGCAUUUGUAUGGAGAGACCAGGAAGCACCUGCAGGACGAGAUGCCAUGCAGUUCGAUCCCUGAAGACUGGUGAAACCAUCACUACGUACAGAACAUCCUGGGGACCCCUAUGUAAAUCGGCUGGUGAACCUAGAGAGAAGGAGGCUGGGAUGGGAGUUGGAUACAUCAUCCUCAUUUCCUUUGCUGUGUUUGGUUUUGUGCUGGGAGUUGCAAGCCUUCUCAUUUUCCAGUAUCAGCGGAAGACAGGAAGAUACAAAUUCAGAAUCAAGUCUGACAACUUCAGCUACCAAGUGUUCUAUGAUUAG